AUGCCCUCGAGGUCCGCCUCGGACAUCAUCCCGAGGGUGGACGGGGAGUCGUCGUCUGGCGCCGGCCACGGGUGCCUGCACGACGUCGUGUACCCGCCGGACUGGCGCCCGAACCCGAAGGCGCGCGCGUACGACCCGUCGAACCCCGCGAAGCAUUACAAGUUCGAGCUCGACACGUUCCAGAGAAAGUCCGUGGAGGUGAUGGAGAUGGGCGAGAGCGUGAUGGUCGCCGCGCACACGUCCGCGGGGAAGACCGUCGUCGCGGAGUACGCGAUCGCGAUGGCGCUGCGGGAUCGCCAGAGGGUCGUGUACACGUCCCCGCUCAAGGCGCUGUCGAAUCAGAAAUUUCGAGAACUCCGCGACGAGUUCGCGGACGUGGGGCUGAUGACCGGGGACACGACGAUCAACACGGACGCGUCUUGCCUCGUGAUGACGACCGAGGUUCUGCGGUCGAUGCUGUACAAGGGCGGCGAGGUCAUGCGCGAGGUGGGGUGGGUGAUCUUCGACGAGAUUCAUUACAUGCGCGAUCCAGAGCGAGGAGUCGUCUGGGAAGAAACCAUCGCGAUGCUGCCGUCCGCGGUGCGAUACGCGUUCCUGUCCGCGACGAUCCCGAACGCGCGGGAGUUCGCGGAGUGGAUCGUGAAGACGCACGCGCACCCGUGUCACCUGGUGUACACGGACUUUCGACCGACGCCGUUGGAGCAUUACGUGCACCCGUCCGGCGGGGACGGCGUUUACCUGUGCUACGACCGCGAUAACAAGUUCCGCGCGGAUAACUUCGUGAAGGCGAUCAACGCGGUCGCGCCCAAGGAGGACGGGUACGCCGCGGGGAGGACCGCGCAUAACAAGGCGAACGCCGGCGACGGUAGCGGCGGCGGCGGCGGCGGCGGCGGGAACAACGGUAAGGCUGGCGGCGAGGACACCGCCGCGAACAGGGACAUCCACAAGAUCAUCCGGAUGGUCGUCGAGAAGAACUACGACCCGUGCAUCGUGUUCUCGUUCAGCAAACGAGAGUGCCAGAGCAUGGCCGAGUCGCUGCACAAGUUAGACCUGUGCGACGAGAACGAGAAGGACGUCAUCGACACGGUGUACUGGUCCGGUCUGGACGCGCUGAAGGACGAGGACAAGCGCCUGCCGCAGGUGCAGAACUUGCUUCCUCUGCUGAAGCGAGGCAUCGGCGUGCAUCACAGCGGGAUGUUACCCAUCCUGAAAGAGACCGUCGAGUUGCUAUUCCAAGAAGGCUUUCUCAAGGUGUUGAUCGCCACGGAGACGAUGAGCACGGGGCUGAACAUGCCCGCGCGGUGCGUCGUGUUCACGUCCCCGCGGAAGUACGACGGCGCGGGAUAUCGGUGGAUCACCAGCGGGGAGUACGUGCAGAUGAGCGGACGCGCGGGGCGCCGCGGCCUCGACGACCGCGGGCUCGUCGUGCUCAUGAUGGACGAGCGGAUGGACCCCGCGGUCGCGAAGGAUAUGCUGCACGGUCGGUCUGACCCGCUGAACAGCGCGUUUCACGUGACGUACGGCUCGAUGAUCAACAUGAUGCGGAUGGAGGGCGCGGAGAACGUGGAGAAUUUGAUCUCCAAGUCGUUCGCGCAGUUUCAGAACGACCGGAAGGUGCCGGAGCUCGAGGCGAAAGCCGCCGCGCUCGCGGUCGAGCGCGACGCGGUCGCGAUCGAGGACGGCGACGCCGUCGCGGAGUACGUCAACCUCGCGGACACGCUGUCCGUGUUGCGUGCCGAGCGGAGGGACGUUCUGAACCUCCCCGCGCACUGCGUGCCGUUUCUUCAGCCGGGACGACUCGUCCGCGUGUGCGCGAGAGACCCGAAGCGCACGGAGUGGGGGGUCGUCGUGAAGCACGAGCGCGACGGCGGCGAGUACGUCGUCGACGUCCUCUGCGUCGUCGAGGAAGAGGAUCGCUCUGUUGCGUCGGAGUCGCGACGAGACGACGAGAUGGGAAGCGCCGCAGGAGCGAAGAGACGAGUCGUGCCACUGCGCGUGUCGCAGAUCGACCGCCUGUCGAGCGUCAGGGUGUACCUCCCGAAGGACAUGCGACCGAGCGACGCGCGCGCGAGGGUGCAAAAGAGCGUCGUCGAGAUGUUCAAGCGGGACGCGUUUAAAGACGGCGUUCCUUUUCUCGACCCGGAGAGCGACAUGAAGAUCACGCACGAGUCGUUCAAGAAGCUGACGCGGCGGAUCACCGCGCUGGAGGGAAUGCUGAGCGCGCACGCGCUGCGCGACGACCCGGACUUGACCGAAAAGGUGGCGUCGCACGCGAAGCGACGCGACCUGUCGUUGCGGCACAAGAUCGCGAAGAAGGAGGCGAAAGCCGCGGCGGGCCUGUGCUUCCGCGACGAGCUCAAGCAGCGCUUACGCGUGCUGAAACGCCUCGGGCACGUCGACGACGACGGCGUCGUCCUCACGAAAGGCCGCGUCGCGUGCGAGAUGACCACCGCGGACGCUCUGGUGACGACCGAACUCGUCUUCGACGGCGCGUUCAAAGAGCUCCCCGCGGAGCUCUGCUGCGCCGCGAUCAGCGCGCUCGUCUGGCGCGAGGCUGGGCCGGAUAUCCAGGAAAUCAAGCUCUCGCCCGCGUGCAAGGACGCGCACGCGAGGAUACGAGAGGUGGCGCGCGCGGUCGGGAGGCACGUCGCGGAGUGCAAGCUUGAGAUGGACGUCGCCGCGUACGCGGAUUCGUUCCGGCCGGAUCUGAUGGAUCUGACGCGCGCGUGGAGCACGGGGACGUCGUUCGUGGACCUGAUGAAGAUGACGAGCUUGCACGAGGGGAGCGUGGUGCGCGCGAUUCGGAGGAUGGAGGAGGUGAUGCGGCAGCUGGCGACGGCGUGUCAGAACGUCGGAGACGCGGAGCUGCGAGAAAAGUUUGAGAGCUGCCGCGAGAUGGUGAAGCGCGACAUCGUGUUUUGCCCCAGUUUAUUUUUAUAG